AUGAUGGUCUUGUUAACUGAGACCAUGGGGGAUGGAAAUUACUCGAUGGUGUCUGAGAUUGUGUUGUUGGGACUCACCAGUUCUCUGGAGAUACACCUUGUCCUUGUUCUGGUUUUCUCUAUGUUCUACAUGGCAGGCAUACUAGGAAACCUCCUCGUUGUGCUCACAGUGAUUUCUGACUCUCAUUUACAUUUUCCCAUGUACUUCUUACUGGCCAACCUCUCCUUCAUUGACAUGUGGGUUUCCUCCAUCACAGUCCCAAAGAUGAUUUCUGAUCUUUUCAAGGAGAGAAAGGUAAUCUCUUUUCAAGGCUGCAUUACUCAGAUGUUCUUCAUUCAUGUUAUUGGGGGAACAGAGAUGGUGCUGCUUACUGCCAUGGCCCUUGACCGGUACAUUGCUAUUUGUAGGCCUCUCCAUUACCUGAUCAUCAUGAACUUUAGAACAUGUGUUUUACUCUUGAUGGGGGCAUGGACCAUUGGGAUCAUGCACUCACUGAUUCAAACUGUAUUUGUUGCAAACCUCCCAUUCUGUGGCCCCAAUGAAGUGGACAGUUUUUACUGUGAUCUUCCUCGAUUUAUUAAGCUUGCCUGCACUGUCACUUACAGAUUGGAGUUCAUGGUCACUGCCAACAGUGGCUUUAUCUCUCUAGGAACUUUUUGCAUUUUGAUUAUCUCCUAUGUAUUUAUCUUGGUCACUGUUUGGCAACAUUCUUCAGAUGGCUUGUCCAAAGCCCUUUCUACACUGUCAGCUCACAUCAUAGUGGUAAUCUUAUUUUUUGGACCAUGUAUCUUUGUAUAUUCAUGGCCAUUCCUCACAGUACCUGUAGAUAAAUUCCUUGCCAUUUUUGAUGUAAUAAUUACCCCAUUUCUGAACCCUGUCAUCUACACUUUUAGGAACAAAGACAUGAAGAUGGCAAUAAGGAGGAUAUUCAGCCAAAUGUUGAGUUUCCCAAAACUGCUUUAA